AUGUAUCCCAACGAUCGGUUUGAGAUGGUUACGUCCACGGGCACCGUCCGGGUCCGGUGUCUUGACUGUCCAGGAAAACUGUAUUCGCCCGGGCCGGGCGAGACCUUGGCCAACUUUGAGAUCCAUUUGAAGAACCGACAUCAUCGUCUGAAUGUAAAAGCGAGGCUGGAGGGUGUUCGAAUGUAA